CUCCAGACGACCAGUUCCCUUCAUAACGACUUCUCCUUUUAUGUCACGAUCUGAGCUGUCCUUUGUCCCAGCUGCUGAUGGAGUUCACGUCUGUAUGUUGGCAGCUGGUGGUCAGAAGCUUGUGUAUAAGUAGCUAGCACGGGCUGUCUGAUUGAAGCGGAGUUGUAUGACAGGUCUGGCGUUACGUCAUUCGCAACUCUGGUUUGUCGCUGUCAGCACUGAUCUGUUUAAUCCUACAACUGUUAAUCAGUACAGUUACCAUCAAGCUGUUUAGCGUCGGUGUUGCAAACAGUUGUAUCAGUUGCAGGUACACGGAUGGUUCUGUUAUAGCUAAACUAGCUAUUGUGAUUUCUGUUCCUCCCUGAUUCAGGUGCUCUUUGACAUGCAGCAGAAGUUGUGCACCCGCAACACGACGCUGUUUGUGGAGAAUGGGCAGGCGUGUGGCGCAGGGGUGUCGGCCCAGCUCCAGUUCCAGUGUCCCCGGUGCAGCGAGCGCGACAGCUUUCACAGCAUGGCAGCACUGCUGGCACACCUGGAGUACAGCCAUGCGUCGCCCGCUGGGCAUGACCUGAGCCUCCCAGCCAGCAGGGCGCGCUCACACUCUGACCGCAGAGAGGCGCACAAGAGGGCCACUGCCGAGACUCGGACAAUAAAAGAUGUGUGCUCCGACACUCACUCCAGCAGGAGAGGGGAGCACGAGCUGCUGUUCAGCUCGGAGCCCCUCCCACCUGAGCGGCCCGCAGGCCAGCAACUGGAACGCCCGCGCUCCCCGGAGGAGAGCCCGGGCAACGAGGCGGCACCCGCGGGCUCCAGGUCCCUCUCCGCUCCGGUGGCCUCCGUCGGGCAGAGGCUGGAGGGCAUGAUGAGGACGGCCAACAGCAGCAUGGAGCGCCACCUGCUCCGCAUCAGCUCGGCGCUGGCUCAGACGGACACGGCGCUCCUGUGCGAGCGCGCUCACUGGCACCACCUGGCCCAGGAGCGGCAGGAGGUACUGCAGCGCGAGAGAGCCCUCAGCAGACAGGUGGACGCUGCCGUGAUGGUCAUCGCCACCUUGCGGCAGCAGCUCAGCGUCUCUGAGCACGAGCUGAAGCGGAGGGAGCAGGAAGUGAAAACCAUUCAGAGGUUUCUGGAAGCGGCAGCGCAUCAUGAAAUGUGUGGGAAGGUCCGUUUGCGACGGUUCAUCGAGAACCUUCUGCGGCGGAUCGCCCUGGCAGAGAGGCUGCUAGAGUACUACCAGUGCUACCAGUGCACUCCACACCAGCACUGCUGCACACCUCACCCUGCACCUACUUCAGCUGAGUUUGGCCCACACAGAACUACCAAAAGCAGGUCCACAGGAGAACAGCUUCUCCGUGAGGAAGGGCAAGCGCAGGGAUCUCGGUCCAGGUGGCAGGCGACCCGAACCUCGUCGGGGAGGGAGGGCCAUCAGGGCUGGCUCCAGCGCAGGAGAGACGGUGGGGUCGUCACUCUCAGCCGUCUCAGUUUGGAAUGGUGUUCGGCUGGCGGUUCCGCGGGGCCCAGGUCUGUCUAAGUAUGGCAUGGUAUUGUUUUGAAACCAAGUAAACUCUCUUUGCGCAGUGCUGUUACACUCCCAUCUGUAGAGCAGUGGAUGACCGAUAUGUCAAUGUCAGUAUUUAGAGAGCAGGGCGACCGAUUGCCGAUAUAAAAAGCUGAUGUCAAGCUGAUAAAAUACAGUUUAAUUAACAAUAACAGUAAUAAUAAAUGAGACAAAAUUGAACUUAAAUGAACAUUUAUUUAACUAUAAAUAGGUAUUGCUUAAAUUAUUGUAUGCACUGUCUGUUUGUACUCUGCAGUGCACUUAUUUUAAAUAAAUAAAACGUAUCAGUUAAAUGAAUGUCCACAGGUAAUAAAACCAGUAGGGUGCAUGAGUUAUAGUAGAGGGCUCGAAGUUUUUCACCACCUUCCCAAAACUGUCGCGAAGCAGAUUUCUGUAUGUUUGUUUAGGUUUGUUGACAGACUCAUUACAAACCAAAUAGCCAGUCUAAGCGAUCAACAAAUGAGGGGAGGAAAAACUGUUUGCACAAUCUGCUCAUAUCAUCUAACAAGUGAUUAGAGCUGACAAUAACGUGAUACCGCGGAGAUUCUGCCCUUCCUAUAGUUAAGCUACACACACACACACACACAAAACAAAAAAACAGAGAGACAGACAGACAGACAGACAGACAGAGUACUGAAACUGUAUGUUAGCUAGUCAGAAACCCAUAAGGUUCGAUCCCCAAAACGUUGGCAGGUUAACAUAACACAACAAGUUUAAUCUCCCAUUAGCAAAUGUAACCGACUGUAUUUACCGUUGGAUAUCUAACCCAUCCUAUGUCUAUCAAAUCAAUCAUUUAUGGUAGCAGAUUGUUAAGUUUAAACAAGAACAAUAGUCUCUUUAAACUCUGUAAGAUAAGCUAGCCAGCGUUAUAUAGUUUAGUUUUUACCGAAUAUCAUUAUUCGCAUUUCUCAAUAAAUGUUCGGAAUCAAUCUAAUAUUAUUAAGAGUGACCACUUAAAUAUAUUAAGCUGUGAAAGACAGGAAUUAACGUUUUACCGUUUUCUCUCAGGAAACGUUACGUCCAGCAUUGGCACGCACUAUUUCACGGCACCCGCUGACGUCUGCCCGUAGGAUGGCAGUAAAGACAGCAGGCGGCGCUCUAACAUCGCGCCAUCUAACGCCGAUCAUCUCAAAAUGGCAUUAAUGGGCCCGAUUAACAGCAUUAACCAGCCGAUAUAUCGGUCGACCAUUCUUGGAGAGUGCCAUGAAGCUGAAAGAACACUGGUAACAUUAAAACUGCCCUUUAAAUGUACACAUACCUACCAAACUAAGUAGUUUUACAUUCUAAAGUGGUAAAGUGGUUCUAAUCUUAAGAAAACUGAAUGCUUAAUGUCUAACCAGUACUCCAAUUGUGCAAUAUAAAUGUACUGUAUAAUAUAUUAACACGUUAAAGAAAUUCUGUUGUGGAUAGGUCAGAAUUUGUAGUAUUCUGAACUUGCAGUUAGUUUGUGUUUGGUUAUAUGUUAGUAGAAUCUGUUUUCUUAGGGGAAAAACACUAAUAUUCAAGUAUUGUUUGUUCUUGGGUCACCAGUGUUUACUUUGUAGGUGCUGUUGCUCAUUAUGGAUGUUUGAGACAAUAUCUGAUGCAUUAAUGCGCAUAACAUAUAGUUUAGUGGUAUGACUGCCCGAGGACGUAUAUACACACGUUAGGGUUGCACGAUAUAGACAAAACACUACAUUUAGAUUGUAUUGCUGUAUUUUGCAGUGUGCCUUGCAGAGUGUUUAAUACACAUUGGUAAAUGCUUGAUGCAACAUAGUUGACUCGGCCUGCAUUACUUAGACCAAAAUUGUUUAUUUGAUCAAAUAAUCUCCAUUACCCCAUGAAGGAUAGAUGAUCUAUCGAUCUAUCGAUCUAUCGAUCUAUCUAUCUAUCUAUCUAUCUAUCUAUCUAUCUAUCUAUCUAUCUAUCUAUCUAUCUAUCUAUCUAUCAUAAAAGAACAGCCAUAAAAACCUUAUUUACCAACCUUAUGCAGUAUUGCUACUGCAAAGCACAGUAGCAGAACAAUUAACAAGGAAUAUAUUGUGUAGCCCUAACACAUGACCCCAACAAUGUACUGACUAUUUCGUGAAUUGCCUUCUAACAGUAGCCAUCCUAAAAUAACACUGCAGUUUAACAGAGGACAACUACACAAAAGGCCAUAAGAUUAAAAGCAGCACUAACUUUGCUUAAAAAACAACAACUCAAAACAUUACAAUUUUAAAUUGAAUUAUGGAGCUUAACACAGAACAAAAGUGUUUCUGAAUUGUUAUUGAAUUCAUAAAUUGAUUAGGCUUGAACCAUCUUAAUUUGUUCUUGCCUUCUGCAUUCAUUGAAAUAUCCUCCUUGAGCUUUAAUGACAGCUUACCACAUUCGGGACCUCUGUUUGUGCCGUUUCAGCAGGUCUGAAUGUUUUCGAUGGUACGUCAAGAGCUCCUUUAUGACUGGCGGGAUGUGCCUGCCACAAUAAUUGAUCGGCUUCAUCUCACAUGGGCUAGAUUUGCCGAGCGAUCAGGCGAAUGGUGGAACCAAACAUUUUUCAUACUAUACGUCUCUGUUCUAUCCUGACUGAGGAGUUCUAGUGUUUUGGAUGAUUGCCCUGUUGCAGAGUAAAGUUCUGUCCUGGCAUUUUCUGCAGUCAUCGCUUGCUUCCAUACUUUUGGCCUGUGGUGUACCUUUGAUUGGUAAUAUUAUCUCAAUCUGCUCUUCAUAUUAGCAGAAGUAGUUUUUGGGGGGGUAUCUUGUUAGUGAUGCUUCAGUAGAACUCGUCUCCGUUGGUCUGAUGAGUAAUUGUGCACGGGAGAUGGAGGUACAUGGGUGCCAAAGUUUUGGACGUUACUGUAGCAGUUGUAAAGGUGAUGUAGUUAGCCUGCAUUUUCUGUGUCAAGAGUUCAGUCUGACAUUUCAGAUUUAAAAUGGAUCUUAACUUCUGUGGUUUUCCAAAGUAUUACAUGGUUUGCACCUUAUUAAUUAUGAACAUGUUCUUAUUUUGU